GACUGUUGUGGUGAAUCCAACAUGGCGGCCGUCGUCGUGUCCCUCUGAGCCGCUUCGCCAAGAGCAAAACCCGUUUCUUGCGACGAUGUGCAGCGUUAUGACGGAAAUCUCUCUGUGAAAGUGACCGUGGAAUAUAUCUAUGAGUAUAGCGAGUGGUGGAGGAAAAGAGCGAGUGCCAGUGGCGGAGUCCGGGUCGCGCGAAGGGGAAACAAAAGUUGUGUCAGACCAUGAGAAGGAAAGGGAACUAAAACUCUCCUCAGCUCGAAGGGAACUCAGCCUCUCCUUAACUCCUCCUGUGGGCGAUGAGUGCGACUCCGGGGAUCUAGACUUGGCGCAGAGAUUGAAGUCUUCCGUUCUUGAUGUUUCCAAGAAUUGAUGAUCAUUAGCCGAGCCAGGAGGCGUGGGUGGGGCAUACAGAGGAGACAUGGCUGACAGAAUGGCACGGCGCAGGGUCAAGCUCUAUGCGCUAAAUGCUGACCGACAGUGGGAUGACAGGGGCACAGGGCAUGUCACAUCCUCAUAUGUGGAACGGUUAAAGGGCAUGUCCUUACUGGUGCGAGCAGAAUCCGACGGUUCCUUACUUUUAGAAUCAAGAAUCCAGCCAGACACCGCCUACCAGAAGCAGCAAGGCACUCUCAUUGUGUGGUCGGAGGGAGAAAACUUCGACCUUGCCUUGAGCUUUCAGGAGAAGGCGGGUUGUGAUGAGAUUUGGGAGAAGAUCUGCCAGGUUCAAGGCAAAGAUCCCAGUGUAGACAUAACCCAAGACAUUGUUGAGGAAAGUGAAGAUGAAAGAUUUGACGAUGUGUCAGACACCAAUCCUUGGGUAGAACUACCACCAUGUGAAAUAGGUAAAUUGGAAGAUAUUAAUGAGGUAAUAAGUAAUUGCCUACAUUCUCCUGUUAGGCGAGAAAAAUUAGCAAUAGCACUGGAAAAUGAGGGCUAUAUCAAGAAACUGGUCUCAGUGUUUCAUACCUGUGAAGAUCUCGAGAAUAUGGAGGGGCUCCAUCUUCUGUAUGAAAUCUUUAAGAAUAUAUUCCUGCUCAACAAAAAUACCCUCUUUGAAAUCAUGUUCGCCGAUGAUACCAUAUUCGACGUGGUUGGGUGUCUGGAGUAUGACCCCUCAUCACCAUACCCAAAAAGACACAGACAGUAUCUCAAAAGUAUAGCAAAGUUUAAAGAGGUGAUUCCCAUUGAAAAUAGUGAGCUGCUAAGUAAAAUCCACCAGACGUAUCGCGUUCAGUACAUACAGGAUGUGGUGCUCCCCACGCCAGCUGUGUUUGAAGAGAACAUGCUUUCCACAUUGUCAUCUUUCAUCUUCUUCAACAAAGUAGAGAUUGUCUCUUUAAUACAGGAGGAUGAGAGAUUCUUAAGUGAAUUGUUCCACCAAUUAAGUAGUGAUGAGGAUGUGCCCAUGGAGAAAAGACGUGACUUGGUCUUAUUUCUCAAAGAAUUCUGUACAUUUUCACAAACCCUUCAGCCAACCAGUAGAGAAGCUUUUUUCAAGACUCUAUCCAGCUUGGGGGUGCUUUCAGCCUUGGAGAUCACUCUAGGGUUGGAUGAUGCUGUCAUCAAGUCUGCCUCCAUUGAUAUUCUCAGCUAUAUUGUGGAGUUCUCCCCCUCUAUGGUACGGGAAUACAUGAUGCAGCAGCAGCAUAAAACAGAAGAGGAACAGUACCUGUUAAACAUCAUCAUUGAGCAGAUGGUGGUAGAUUCUGAUCCAGAGAUGGGUGGUGCAGUACAGUUAAUGGGAAUCCUUCGCAUUCUCAUUGACCCAGAAAACAUGAUGGCAACUGUCACCAAGUCUGAACGAGCAGACUUCCUCGCAUUCUUUUAUAAACACUCCAUGCACUACCUUGUUGCGCCACUCCUCUCCAACACGGUAGGGGAUGAGGUGGGUCGCGAGGAUUACCCGUCAGCACAGCUCCUAGCCCUGAUCUUGGAGUUGCUGGCUUUUUGCGUGGAGCACCACACCUAUCACAUCAAAAAUUAUAUAGUCCAACGAGACCUGCUCAAACGCAUCCUUGUCCUAAUGAAGUCCAAACACACAUUCCUAGUGCUCAGUGCUUUACGGUUCAUGAGAAAGAUCAUUGGCCUACGGGACGACUUUUAUAAUCGUCACAUUGUCAAUUCCAAUCUGUUUGCACCAGUAGUGGAUGCAUUUGUCCGCAACAAUGGAAGAUAUAACCUCCUGGAUUCUGCCAUUAUUGAAAUGUUUGAAUAUAUCAAAGUGGAGGAUAUAAAGUCAUUGUGGAUGAGUGUAGUAGAAAAGUUUGGAGAGGUCCUUGCCCAGGUGGACUAUGUACAGACCUUCCACGCUUUGCGAAUGCGAUAUGAGCAGCAUCAAGAUAGACUGAGAGACAGAGAUAGGAAUACCUCCCUGGAUGGGAUUGGUGGUGUUGUACGAGGUGCACGAUAUAGAAGAGAUGUCAGAGAUCUUGAUGAGGAGGAAGAGAUGUGGUUCAACAACGAUGAGGAAGAGAUAGAGGAGACUGAAGCACUUUCUGUUCUGCCCUCCAGAGACACGAGUUUGUCACCCGUCGAAAAAGUAGAAAAAGAGAAUGGAGCUAGCAAGAUGAUCGGUGCAACAGGGAAACAGGGUCUGCUGCUCAACAAUGGCAACAAGGACAACAACAACACUGCCACUGCUCUGUCUUCAGAAGGCAACAAGUCUCCCGUCCCUGCCCGCAAGAAGGUGAGUCUUGUGGCAUAUGAUGAAAAUUCUGAUGAAGAGGAAGAGGAGGAGGAAGAGGAGGAAGCUGGUGAAGAAGACCAGGAGGAAGAGGAAGAGGAAGAGGACAGUAAUGUUCCGUCUGCCAAAAGACCGCGACUAAGCAGUGAUUGAGGGUGUGUGAGUGGCAGAGUCAGCAGUCAGUAAGCUAUGGGCCUGGCUGUGGUGCAGUGGGAAAGACGUGGCAGCACUAUGGGCAAUUAACUGAUGAGUCAGUCAGCUGCAUUGAUGUGCUGUGCUGGCCUUGUGCCCACCUUUCCUGUGAUGGUGAUUGGCGACAGUUGAGGCAAUGACUGCCAGUAGCCCAACACUGCCAGCAGCGCACCCAGGCUGCACCCACUGCCUACCCACUCACCCAUGUACAUAGCCCGCACAAUGCCUCACACCCAUGUGUACAAAUCCUUCUGUAUAUGUGAGCCAGCAGCAGCUGUGGGCCCAUCUGGACCCGUGCCACCGUGACCAAGAAGUAAUGGACAUUUUAAUGGAAUAUUUUUAUAUAGUGUAAAUUGUUAUUGACAGUGUUAGUACUAGUGUGUGUGCUGAGGGCCUAGACUUGGUAGUGAGGCCAGACUGCAACUUCAGUUGCGUUGCACAGUCUUGAGGCUGCUCUCUGCCUUGUGCAACUAGUGUGUCUUGUUGCAGUAAACUGGGGGAACCCUGUGAGUUUGCAAGACAUGCAAGUUUGAGUGUAUGCUUGUACGUGUGGGACUGAUUGAGUGUGUGAUUAUGUGAGUGAGUGCAUUUAUGCAAGCGUGGCCCAACCUGUUUAACUGGAACCUUAUCUUGAGUGGUGAGGUCCCAGCUGGGAUAUUCACAACACUUGGUUGAGGCACAGAAGGCCUCCCAAGAAUCUGAACUGUGACUGGGCCUGUGAUGCUCCCAUGCCUGCUCCUCUAACUGUUUACUGGUUGAACAUGGCCAGCAGCUAAGAUAAUCUCAGUAUUGGGUAACCAAACGUUUUAGUACCUGUUGUCUUGUAGGAAGAGUCCAACAAUUUCCACUCAGUGCUGAACACUUAAUGAAGGGGAGCAAGCUGGGCAGACCAGAUGGCAACAGCAGUGGAUGGUAACACAGAAAUGCAUUUACAAUCGUUGGCAAGCAUGUUAUCAUCAGUCAUGUCAUGAAUCAUCUCAUAUUUCAUUUUUCGGUUCUGCAAUGUUUGAUAACAUUUGUUUGACAGGCCAUCAUUAUGGUACUUGAUUGGGGGACUUGGGGCUCUUUUUUCCUAUAUGUGAAAAAGCAAAAUGUCAUGAAUUUUUUAUAAAAAAAGAAUGCAGUGCUUUGAAAUUUUCAGUAGAAAAUGGAGUUUAUUACACUUGAACAUUGGCUAGACAAAAGUCGUGAAUGGCUUGCAAAUUGAUGUUCCUAACAUUAGUUUCAUAAAUAGGCUUGCAUUCGAAAGCAAAUUUGGUGCCUGUCUAUAUUAGCUUGGAGAGUACAUUCAUUUUUAUUACUUGGCAUCAAGAUAUUAGCUUGUGAUAAUUUUUCUUAAAUUUCUUACAUGCAUGGUGUUCAAAAUCUUUUAUUUUAUUUUUCAUUAUUACUGGUUGUAUCAAAGUUUUAAUGAAACAAACUGCAGACAAGGUAAUUUUUGUGUUAGAAUAUAAAUAUAAUAUAUAUUUUUUAUUUAGGCAGUAUAUCACCUUCUUAUUCCACAUGGUAAAUACUAAUUUUCUCUUUGUCAGAAAAAUAAAAUCUUUAGGAUUAUACAGUCAUAUUUAAGGUACUAGCUAAGUCAAUAUUUCCAGAUUAUGGAAAUCUCAUGUACAAACGACGUCUAUUUUAUGACUGUGUUACACACUAGCACAUGCCAUUGUGGAUGUACAGUUACUUGGCUAUGAAGUUGCAGUUUGAAACUGUUCUAGAAAUGUCAAUUCUCAAAAGGCUAAAGAAUUUGAACUAUAUAUAUAUUUUUUUUGCUUAUUUUAGUAGUUUGUAAAUAAUAAAAUGGAUUACUAUUUGGAGAUGUACUGUAGGUAUAUGAGAGCUCUCUUCCUUUGCUGAAAUACCUGUGAUAUUUUGUCAUUUUUCCCUGAUUUUGUACCAUGUAUAUUCUUUGUUGAAAUUAUAGUGGAUUAGUUCACACAAAAUCAUUUAUCCAAGAUUAUAGUGAUGAAAAUAAACUUUUUUACCAGGGCAUUGGAAAAAAACAAAAACAAAAAAAAAUGAACAUGAACCCUUUUAUACUUUAAUUAAUGCCUUUAUCCUUCAGAUGCUUUGUAUUUAGUGAUGACAAGUUCUAAUAAUGUAAUGUCUCACUGUCAAUGGGUACUAUUAUUUUUUCUUCUUAUACUCUAUUCACAAAUCCACUGGUCCAUUGUCAUUUACCAGAACCAUUGUCACCUCAUUGUUAUCACAGCAGCACACACAGUUCGUAUGUUGUCUUCUGAAAACUGUCAGUCUUUGUUAUACAGCAUGAGGCCUGUUUUGUAGAAACUUAUACAGAGAAAUACUGUAUAAAAUGGGAAUAAUUUUUAACAUUUUAUGUUACCCAAGGUACUCUACUGAAAAACAAUACAUGAAAUUAAA